CGUUGCGAGAAAUGUGAAGUGUACGUAUGCGACGAGUGCUGCGUGUUGCCAAGCAAAGAAUCAUGCCACUGGCUCCACCCUCACCAUCCUCUGAGAAUGAAUGUCGAGCACGAGGACACGCGGGGGAUGUGCGACGGAUGCCAUUACCUUUUACAGUGCCAUGUGUACUAUGUGUGCGAACAAUGUGGAUCCCGCCUCUGCGUCGAUUGUUUCCGUUCGUCGGGAACGGACCGCAGGCCGGUCCGAUGGAAAGACGCCACGCGAAUACCCAUUCGUCACUACAGCCACGUUCACGACCUGACAAGGUGCAGAUUCAAGGAAAACAUCGAUUCUUGCAGAUGCGUGAUAUGUGAGACAACCAUGUGGGGUGAUGGGUACGCUUGUCUGAAAUGCAAUCAUUAUGUACACGAAUCUUGCAUGGACACCCCACAAACCAUCUAUAAUCAUCCUUUUCAUCCGAUCCAUCGCAUCCAUCGUCUAACCUCAAGCAUUUCUUAUCCUUAUGGCGCUGACUGCGAACGUUGUUGCGGAAAGAUUGCUUCUAACGAAGAGCCUUUUAGCUGCGAAGAGUGCAAGUUCUAUCUCCAUGCACGAUGUGUGAUUGCCAGAGCGGUGAAUCUAGGCCGCCACGAACAUGGUCUCGUCUAUGGUACUCUCCCGGACACCGGAACAGGUUCCUUGCUUUGCGAUUAUUGUCAUCGUGUUGUUGAAUGUAACAAACCUCGUUUACGCUGCGUGCAAUGUCCUAAGGACUUUCACGUGAAAUGUGCGGUUGUUCCGAAAAAGGUGGAACACUUUGCACAUCAUCAUCACUCUCUUACUCUCGUAGAAACAGCAAGUUACUUGUAUAAACCGUCAGAGCAAUACUGCGACAUAUGCGAGUCAACAAUGGACGUGAAAGCUCCUUCCUAUUGCUGCGGCGACUGCAGGUUCUUUGCUCACGUCGAAUGUGUCCUUUCUAAGGGACAAUGGCUUCCUCAAUUCGUGUUAUCAGAUGAGCCCAAAGAAACCAAUCAUAUACCUCGUGAUUCUUCUUCUAACAAUGAGCAGAUACUUCAUCCGUGGCAUCCUCAUCCGUUAAGCUUGAAAAACGGUAUUAACGAAACUUGCCGUAUGUGCUGGUUUGCAAUCGACGGGCGUGCGUACAAAUGUGAGACAUGCAUUCUCUCUAAGUUUUGGGUGCACGGAAGCUGUGCGAGAUUACCAGAGCACUUCGACCACCCUCUUCAUCCCAACCAUACUUUAUCCCUUUCGAUGUUUUCGGGGUAUCGAAUGUGUUAUCUAUGCAGAGAUUUCCUCGGAAGUCUUGGCUUCAUUUGUCGUACAUGCGACUUCGCCAUAGAUAUCAAAUGCAUGGAUCUCAAGGAAAACGGUUUCGACAACAUGGGCAACGCGCUUGCACUGAAACACGAUUUCCAUGAGCACGAGCUGACCCUUGUGAAAGGCUCGUCUAUAGUAUUUGGUUGCAAGGUUUGCGAGGAAACUUUUAAUUAUAAGGGCUCUCUAGCGUACUUCUGUCGUGUCAAGGGUUGUUUCAUAGCUUUUCACCUGCCAUGUCUGCGAUGGUCGGGAGUGGUCGAGUCUCAUCCUCUCCAUCCUUCUCAUAGGCUCGAGCUCGCUCCAUCUGCACAACGACUACAAUGCUUCGCGUGUGAUGAGUUGAUAUCAUGGGAUUGGGGAUACAAAUGUGAAACGUAUGGAACGGAUGCCAGAAAGGGAUGCAGAGUGUUCUUCCAUUUGCAGUGCGGGAUCUCUCUCGGACGUCUUUUGAAAUACAGACGCCAUGAUCAUCUUCUCUAUUACUUCCAUAGGAAACCGACCCCGGAGUUUGAGAAGUCGUGCAUCGUUUGCAUAAGAAGAGUCGAAAGCGCUUACUACAGAUGCCGAGAAUGCGGAUUUCACGUCCAUCUUCGUUGCCUCGGCCUUUCGCCCACCGCCAAACACAAACUCCACAUUCAUCCCUUUUCCUUUGAGGAUUCUUCAGAUGACGGAGGAUACUAUUGUGAUAUCUGCGAAGAACCGAGGGACCCUAAACAUCCUGUCUAUUCCUGCAAAGACUGCAACUUUGUUUCCCACGUUGAAUGCACUGCCUCUGAGGAAAAUGUUUAAGACUUUGCGUUGGAAGUGUCACCACUUUGGACUACCGGCUAACUUACACAUAUUGCGUAAUAAUGUGGAUGUCUUUUCUUUUCUUUUUCAACUGAAUACAUUGUAAGAAGGACAAAAAGGGACAGUGGACGGACGGGGGAAGAACAUAGACAAAAGAAUCAAUGAACAAAUGAAGCACACACGCACCCAAUGUCCUCGCCGUCAAUCCCACGCUUACAAAAACAUACCCAAACCAAAGCUAACGGAGAUAAACAACACUUACAGAAACAGAUACUACCUUCUGUAGGUCUUUUUCUUGUUCUCGUCGUUACAAUGUUUCUUCUUUUUGUUUUUGUCUGAACCCGAGACAUUAACUUCAUGUUCAAAUUAUCGAUGACGACAUCGCUGAUCUAAAGAGCUACAGAAAGAAGGAAGAAAAAAAGAGACGGGAAGGGAAAAGAGA